UUUAGAGGUGCUAUUAUAUAGAAUCGGAAGACGUUCCCAAUUCUUGCUUAGUACGUGAAACGGUGACUAUAGUUAUAAACAAUACAAAUGGCUCUUGGAUUAGACCCAGGGGGACGUGCACGCUUUGCCAAAAUAUUGAUGGCGAUCAUCGAUGAACUGACACAGGUGUAUAGAGAUCUACUGCAGCAACAUGUUCCAGCAAGUCGGGUUUUCAAUAAAGUUAAAGCAUUAAAAGAUGUUUUCGAAAAGCUAAAAAAAGAUCAAAUUUUAAUUUUAAAAGACGCUUCUACAAAGGGAUACGUGGAUUUUGACAUUACAUUGAUGUACACACUACUGAGGAACAUUUGCACAAAUAUUCCACCGCCGACAAAAGGAUGGGGAAUCUCGGAUUUUCCUGAAACUGGAGAAGUAGGAUUGGGCGAUGAUAUAGAAAGAAUAAGAUUAAUCCGAAACAAAAUGUAUGGCCAUGUCAGUUCUACUUCCAUUUCGAAACAGUUAUUUGAAGAAUACUGGAAAAUGGUAUCUGACAUAUGCCAAAGGUUUCAGUCAAGGAUAGGUGGAUCAUAUACUAACGAUCUACAGAAUAUAUUUGAAGGGACAAUUGAUGAAGAACAGGAAAAUCAAUACAUUGAAAAAAUAAAAGCCGACAGCGAAAAGGAUAAAUCAGUCCUGGAAAUGUUAUCUUCCUUACAAUCAGAUACGAAGGAAAUUAAGUCAAGGUUGGAUAUUAAGGAAACGAAGAAAAAGUCGAAAUGCUCUAAAACGACAGGGCCUUAUAGAUCAGCAAUUAAAGUCAAUAUCCGACCAAGAAUAAACACAACAAAAACAAAACGAAAAGCUGACAAAAGUAUGGACAUCCUUAAAAGAACGCUGAAUAAGAUGGUGGAAUACAUUAACGAAAAGACAAAAGAGGGAGACAUUUCCAAGGUCGAAGAUUGUAUAACACAGUUUUUGGAAUAUUCAUCAAGCAAAGGGGAUAUUGUCUUCGUUGAAGAGUCACUAGAAUCAUUCGAAAAGAAGCUCAGAUCGGCCUUUAAACAUCAAGAGAAAGUUCGAAUGGCAAUUAUGAAGAGGUUUUUCUCUUUCGUCAUUAACCUUCGGGAGAAAUACAAGGCGAAAUUUGAGGUCAAUGAUGGAUGCCUUUUGAUUACCUUCUAUUUUGAAUCUUUACAAGGAUUUGAGAAAUUUACUGACGACUUAAGGAUUGGAAUAAUUCAAGAGGAGUUGAGAAAGGUUGUUCAGUAUGACCUAUUUCUGUGGAUAUUCAAGCUGAAAAAAGAUGAUGUCAUUGUAGAGCUUGAUGAAUUUGCUGAUAUUGGAGCUGACGACGUAGAAAUAGAAGAAACAAGAAAAUUGGCUAAAACUUGUACUGAAUGCCACAAAAUGACGCACACCACAUGCCCAGAGUGUGAAGUUGGAUUCUGUGAAAAAUGUUGGACAACACAUUGUCAUGUCCAUGAAUUUGAGAAAAUUAAACAACAACCAGCAUCAGCAUUUCCAGUACGAUGUACAAAACAUGAACAUAGUACCAAUACCAAAUUUUGUAAGACGUGUAAUACGUACAUGUGCGAGUUAUGCCCUACUGAAAGUCACUCUUUGCAUGAUACCAUAAACUUAAUAAAAUAUCAGCCGAUGGAAGCUGAAAUGAAAGCUGGAACCAAAGGGGUUCAUGUUGCAAUUACAAAUAUAUAUGAAAGUAUUUAUUUAAACAUGAAAAGGAAGAGAGAAGAACUCCCAAAGCAAUACAAACUCCUUAAAGAUAAAAUUAAACUUGAAGGGAAGAAACUGCAUGAAAAAGUCGACGAGGCUGUAAAAGUGCACAUUGACAUGUUAGAAGACAUGCAAAUUAAACACUGGAAUACUCUAGAAAACAGCAUUCAAAAGAUGAAAGACGCUUUAGAUGAUGUAUCAAAAAUGGUUGCAAAUUAUGAGGAAAUUUUGAGAAAAGGACCAGUUCAAGAUAUAGAAACAAAUAUGGAAAGCUUUAAAAUUAUUCCGCAAUGGUCUGAUUUUACGCUUCCUGUUUUCAAACCACGUGAUGUAGAGGAAAAGGUUGUUUUUGAGUGGAUGGGUGAUUUAAUUCCCGGAGAUUCAAGAGUUAAUUCUUGA